AUGUCUACGAUAACCAGGACCGGCUUAACGACCAUUUUCACACCUCCACCAGAGUGCAGUUCAUCUUGGACCUACGAACAAGAAUUCUACAACAGUGUACCUGGGGGUCUUCUUCUACAGAAUGCACUGUCGGUGACAGUCGACGCAAAAUGCUUCCCACCUGGGUUUGGAUAUAUUGGAAGAGUGCCCUUUCCAACUGAGGUCUACAGUCCUGGCGCAUGUCCCGGCGGAUAUGCUACGGCGACAUUAUCAUUCAACGGAGACACCACGUUGGGAGUAUGCUGUCAAAGAGACAACCCCGACCCAAACAGUGGAUUCUCCUACACCAGCCUGUUCAGCGAGAAAAACCAAUUCAACACGACCACCGUCCUGUUCGCAGGAUGCACGAGCAUCUACUCAGCCGAAUACGGCAGCACAGUGGUACCCGCACGCGACGAACAAGACCUGAACAUAACCACCGUCAGCGGCCCUCUGAUCAUGUGGGGCCAACCGAUCAGCAUCGAAUUCCAGCAGAAAGACCUGACCCUAUUCACCACGGAAUCCGCUACAGGCACUUCCAGCGACGCCGCAACAGCCCAACCCUCCAGCACAGCCAGCCAAUCCGGACGGGGACCGACAGACCCCGGCCUACCUCUACCGACAACGAGUCCAACAUCCGACCCCGGCAGUCUCUCCACGGGCGCCAAAGCCGGCAUCGGCAUCGCGGCAGCAGUGUGCGCCGUGGCGACGCUGCUCGUCGUCGGAUUCAUUCUCAUCCGCAGAUGCAGAAUGACCAAGCGCCUCCGCGCCCAGGCGAUAGCUGCUGACGACGACAACGUCAAUAACAGCAACCAAUGGCAGCGCAAGGAGUUGGACGGAUCACCCUAUCGAGGAGAGCUCGCCGGGUCGAUGGUCGAUACAGGAACCAAAGACGCUGCGCCGGCAAGGGCGAGUCGGCGCGUCGAGCUGGAAUGA